CCCCGCUGCUUCCUCCGCGGGAGCGCUUGCUCGGCUUCGCUACUGCGCUCGCCCCCCUCCUCCUCCGGCCCCUGGGGGAGUUGAUUCGGCUCAAGCAGUGGCUUCCCGCACGGAGGGUGGGCGUCGCUGGAGCCCCUUUUCUUCUCCUUUUUGGAGGGGGGGCGCUACAUAACUGGAGGGGGGGAGAGAGAGUGAGCAGCGCACCGAGCGAGGCUAAGAUGUGGCGGCUGAGGCGUCCCUCUGACGGAAGUUGAGGGAAAGCAACUCUGCAGCUUGAAGUGAUUUGGCAGCGAGCGCAGGCGAGGGAGAAGGCGGCGGCGGCGGCGGCGAAGAAGUGUUCCUCCGAGCCCGGGGUGUUUUACCCGCCCGCUCCCUUUUCCCCGCCUUUUCCUCUCCUCCGAGCGCCGGGGACUUGGAGGGAGGGGGACACUUUCGAGGAAAGGAACCCGCUUUUUUUCCAAGGCUCUCGGCUGCCGGAGAAAGCCCUCGGCUUUGGAUGGCCAUGGGGAGUCUUAGCCACAGUUGAGCGAUUCGUUUUCCGCCGCUGGAUUGGUGGGAAUUUCGGAAGCCGAGGCAGGAGGGGGGUCGUCGAGCCAGGGCGGCCGAGCGCCCCUCCCCAACCCAUCCACCCCCAUCGCAACCCCAUCUCCCUGUCCCUCUUCCUCUCCCGCUGAUCAUCCGCGCGGAGCUCCGAGUGUCCCGGUCCAGCCCCUGCUGCUUCUCAGCCUCUUUCCACAUCUCUCUGGAAAAAUAAUACCUCAACUUUUGGAUUUGUGGGGACUUAUCCCACCCACCCCCCGCCCGAACCUGGAAUUGGAUUGCCAUUGAAUAUGAUAAAAUGGGGCUGUUGACACCACUCCUGCUGUUGGGAUUUGUCCAUUUGCAAGUUGAGGGAUCCCGUCUUCGCCAGGAAGACUUUCCACCUCGAAUUGUGGAGCAUCCAUCAGAUGUAAUUGUUUCUAAAGGAGAGCCAACAACAUUGAACUGUAAGGCUGAAGGAAGGCCAACUCCUACAAUUGAGUGGUAUAAAGAUGGCGAGCGUGUGGAGACGGACAAAGACGACCCCCGCUCACAUCGCAUGCUGCUUCCCAGCGGAUCUUUAUUUUUCCUACGUAUAGUACAUGGACGCAGGAGUAAGCCAGAUGAAGGAAGUUAUGUAUGUGUUGCAAGGAACUAUCUGGGGGAAGCUGUGAGUCGCAAUGCUUCACUGGAAGUAGCAUUGCUACGGGAUGAUUUCCGCCAAAACCCUACCGACGUUGUUGUGGCAGCAGGUGAACCAGCAAUUUUGGAAUGCCAGCCUCCUCGAGGACAUCCUGAGCCCACUAUCUACUGGAAAAAGGACAAAAUCCGAAUUGAUGACAGAGAAGAGCGAAUCAGUAUACGAGGUGGAAAGCUUAUGAUUUCAAAUACAAGAAAGAGUGAUGCUGGAAUGUACACUUGUGUUGGCACCAAUAUGGUUGGAGAACGAGACAGUGAUCCAGCAGAGCUAACUGUCUUUGAACGACCCACAUUUCUCAGGCGACCAAUCAACCAAGUGGUUUUGGAGGAAGAAGUUGUAGAAUUCAGAUGCCAAGUUCAAGGAGAUCCCCAGCCAACAGUACGCUGGAAGAAAGAUGACAAUGACUUGCCAAGGGGAAGAUAUGACAUCAAAGAUGACUACACCUUGCGUAUUAAAAAGGCUAUGAGUACAGAUGAGGGGACCUAUACAUGCAUAGCUGAGAACAGAGUUGGAAAAGUUGAAGCAUCUGCCACACUCACAGUUCGGGCUCGCCCCGUUGCACCUCCACAGUUCGUGGUAAGACCACGUGAUCAGAUUGUUGCCCAGGGCCGAACAGUGACUUUUCCUUGUGAAACUAAAGGAAAUCCCCAGCCAGCUGUAUUUUGGCAAAAAGAAGGUAGCCAGAAUCUUCUCUUCCCAAACCAGCCUCUCCAGCCCAACACCAGGUCAUCAGUGUCACCAACAGGAGAUCUCACUAUUACCAAUAUUCAGCGGUCUGAUGCAGGCUAUUACAUCUGCCAAGCACUCACUGUUGCUGGAAGCAUUUUAGCAAAGGCUCAGCUAGAAGUUACAGAUGUUUUAACAGAUAGGCCUCCACCCAUCAUUCUUCAGGGACCUGUAAACCAAACAUUGGCAAUAGAUGGAACAGCUUUGUUGAAGUGCAAAGCUACUGGUGACCCAAUGCCAGUUAUCAGCUGGUUGAAAGAAGGAUUCACUUUCCUGGGUAGAGAUCCAAGGAUAUCUAUACAAGACCAAGGAACACUGCAAAUUAAACUUUUACGAAUAUCUGACACUGGGACAUAUACAUGUGUUGCUACAAGUUCAAGUGGAGAGACAUCUUGGAGUGCUGUGCUAGAUGUAACAGAAUCUGGGGGGGCACCAGUUAGCAAAAAUUAUGAUUUAAAUGACCUGCCUGGGCCACCAUCCAAACCUCAGGUCACUGAUGUCACUAAGAAUAGUGUCACCUUGUCUUGGCAGCCUGGCACCCCUGGAAACCUUCCAACUAGUGCAUACGUUAUUGAGGCUUUUAGCCAGUCGGUGAGCAAUAGUUGGCAAACGGUUGCUAAUCAUGUAAAAACAACACCUUACACUGUGAGAGGACUCCGUCCAAAUACGAUUUACCUGUUUAUGGUGAGAGCUAUCAACUCACAAGGUUUGAGUGACCCCAGCACCAUGUCAGACCCUGUCCGAACCCAAGAUAUCAGCCCACCCGCACAAGGUGUUGAUCACAGGCAAGUCCAAAAAGAGCUUGGAGAUGUCAUUGUGCGGCUACAUAAUCCUGUUGUGCUGACUCCUACUACAAUUCAAGUGACAUGGACGGUUGAUCGCCAAUCCCAAUUUAUUCAAGGAUAUCGAGUCAUAUAUCGCCAAACAUCCGGUUUAUCUUCCCCAUCUAUGUGGCAGACCCAAGAAGUCAAAGUUCCCACAGAACGCAGUGCUGUCCUUGUCAACCUUAAAAAAGGAGUUACUUAUGAAAUUAAAGUUCGACCUUAUUUUAACGAGUUUCAAGGGAUGGACAGUGAAUCAAAAUCUGCCCGUACCACUGAAGAAGCUCCAAGUGCCCCUCCACAAUCUGUUACAGUCUUGAUGGUUGGAAACCACAAUAGCACCAGCAUCAGCAUUUCAUGGGAUCCUCCACCACCAGACCACCAAAAUGGAAUAAUUCAAGAAUACAAGAUUUGGUGCUUGGGGAAUGAAACAAAAUUUCAUAUCAACAAGACUGUAGAUGCAGCCAUUCGGUCUGUGGUGAUUGGAGGACUCUAUCCAGGUAUUCAGUACAGGGUAGAAGUUGCAGCAAGUACUAAUGCUGGUGUUGGAGUGAAAAGUGAACCACAACCCAUAAUAAUUGGAGGUCGUAAUGAAGUUGUCAUCACAGAAAACAAUAAUAGCAUAACAGAGCAAAUCACAGAUGUCGUCAAGCAGCCGGCCUUUAUAGCUGGAAUUGGUGGUGCUUGCUGGGUAAUACUCAUGGGUUUCAGCAUCUGGCUGUACUGGCGCAGAAAGAAGAGGAAGGGACUCAGCAAUUAUGCAGUUCAGUCCUUCACCUUCACCCCUGCAGUCACUUUUCAAAGAGGAGAUGGAGGACUCAUGAGCAACGGAAGCCGGCCAGGUCUGCUAAAUGCAAGUGACCCCAGUUAUCCUUGGCUCGCGGAUUCUUGGCCUGCCACCAGCCUGCCAGUAAACAACACCACAAGUGGCCCAAAUGAUCUUGCAAAUUUUGGGCGUGGAGACGUGCUACCUCCGGUGCCAGGCCAAGGGGAUAAAACAGCCACAAUGCUUUCUGAUGGAGCCAUUUAUAGCAGUAUUGACUUCACUACCAAAACCAGUUACAAUAGCUCCAGUCAGAUAACACAAGCUACACCAUAUGCUACAACACAAAUACUGCAUUCCAACAGCAUCCAUGAAUUGGCAGUCGAUUUACCAGACCCUCAGUGGAAGAGUUCAAUUCAGCAAAAAAGCGAUCUAAUGGGAUUUGGUUACUCUCUGCCAGAUCAGAACAAAGGCAAUAAUGCCUUACUUUACAUCCCUGACUACCGAUUGGCUGAGGGAUUGUCUAAUAGAAUGCCACACAACCAGUCACAGGAUUUCAGCACCACCAGCUCUCACAACAGCUCAGAAAGAAGUGGCAGCCUAUCAGGUGGGAAAGGAGGGAAGAAAAAGAAAAACAAAAAUACAUCUAAACCCCAGAAAAAUAAUGGGUCUAACUGGGCCAACGUUCCUCUUCCACCCCCUCCAAUACAGCCUCUUCCAGGCACAGAAUUAGAACAUUAUGGGCUGGAUCAGCAAGAAGCAGGGUAUGAUAGUGAUGGAUGGUGCCCACCUUUACCAAUCCAGACAUACUUGCAUCAGGGAAUGGAGGAUGAGUUAGAAGAAGAAGACGACAGAGUUCCUACACCUCCUGUUAGAGGCGUGGCUUCUUCACCUGCAAUCUCCUUUGGACAACAGUCCACAGCAACACUAACACCCUCUCCACGGGAGGAGAUGCAGCCUAUGCUUCAAGCCCACCUUGAUGAACUGACAAGAGCUUAUCAGUUUGAUAUAGCAAAACAAACAUGGCACAGUCAAAGCAAUACUCAGCCACCCCACACCCCAGUCCCACCAUUAGGAUACGUAUCUGGAACUCUAAUAUCUGAUUUGGAAACAGAUAUUCCAGAGGAUGAAGAGGAGGAUGAUAUUGAAGAAGAGGCUGUAGAAAUCACAAAGCCAUUGAGAGGAGUAGAACAUACACCAGGAUCCAGCAUGGACAAUCUAGACAGUUCUGUGACAGGCAAACCAUAUUCCUCCUCUCAGAGGCCUCGGCCAACCAGUCCAUUUUCUUCUGACAGCAACACCAAUGCAGCCCAGAAUCAGAGUCAAAGGCCUAGGCCUACCAAAAAACACAAGGGAGGCAGAGUGGACCAACCUCCAUUGCCUCACCGUAGGGAAGGAAUGACAGAUGAUCUUCCACCACCACCAGACCCACCCCCUGGUCAGGGUUUAAGGCAACAAAUAGGCUCUGGCCAACGUGGAGGUUCAACAGAGAGAAAAGGAAGCUCUCUAGAACGACAACAUACAGCCACCGUAGAUGAAACAAAGAGCUCUUUGGAUCGUCAAGCUAGAACAUCACUAGAGUGGCAGCGGCAAACCCAAGAAUGGAUAAGCGCCACAGAACUUCAAGGCCAGCAAAAGCAAGCAUUUGGAUCAGAAGAAGCACUGGUGCCAUAUAGCAAGCCUAGCUUCCCAUCCCCAGGUGGUCACAGUUCUUCAGGUACAGCAUCUUCUAAAGGAUCAACUGGACCUAGAAAAGGAGAGGUCAUGCGAGGAAGUCAUCAACGUAACACCAGUGACCUCAUUGAUGUAGGAUAUGUUGGAUCAAACAGUCAAGGACAGUUUUCUGGUGAUUUAUAGUAGUUGAACAGAGACAUCUCGAGCUGCUCUCAAGGGCCAUCAAGGUCUGAUCUCAUGGAAGUGAUGACACUAAAACAGUGCAAUGAACAUUUUCUUUAUUUAUGUACUUACUAUUAGAAGAACUGUAAAUGCAAUGUAAAGACACACAGCCACACAUAUCCCACAGAUACUCUACUUGUGUUCUUCUCUCUACUACACCUUCCACCUUAAUCUAUUUCUUAACAAGCAUAUAUAAAGAAAAUCACCCUCCAGGAUGAUAUGGAUUUCCCUUGUACAUAAUUUCUUUUUAUUGCAUUGCUAUGCAAGCUCACCUUUUUAGCUAUGUUCAUAUUAAUGUCUGUUCUUAUUGGUCUGUUGUACUAUAUGUGAAUUAAUAGGCUGUGGUGCCAUAUAACUUUUAAUUGUGUAACUUUUUAUGUUUAAAGUUUGCACUGCAAUUUCUUUUGUUGGUGAUAAGCACAAAACUCUUACUCCUUGUGACAUGAAGAAGAAGAAAAAAGACUGAAUGUGAAAGGAGUCUAUGUACUGUAAGCUAUGUUGGAUAAUGCUGGAUGUAAUGAAUUAUGUUAGGUGGUUUUCCAUUUGGGUGUAGAAUUAGGAAGUUGACUGGCAAAACUGAUGUUAGCAAAGGCUUAUUGGGGCAUCAGGGAUGGAAUCCCAUGUGAGAUAAGCAACAUGUUGCUUUUACCAUUUAAAGGGGUCGUAUGAUAGACGCAUGUGUUCAAGACCAGAUUAGAACAUCAAAGCCUUCUCUCUUCUUAGUAUCAGUUUCCAUUUGCUCAACACAGUUGAACUUGUGGGAAGGAAGUCAAGGUGUUUCACUAAGGCUUUCCCCCCUAAAAUAAAUAUAUUACAGUUUAUAUAAGUACUCUAAAUGGUUUGCUUUUCUCUUCAGGAAACAUGAACCAUAUGAACUAGCGGAAUACCUAGCAAGAGUUCAAGGUGCAAUUUAUGAUUGAGAUAUCCAAGCUGCUUCCAAAAAAAAAAAAAAAUCUAGACUAUAGCUGUGUUCUGGCACUUUAACACUGGUAGUUUCUACACAUAUGGUGGGGACAGACAUGGUACACUAGUUCUGCUUCCUCUGUCCUUGUGUUCAUCACCCUCCACCUAUACAUGCUGACGAACUCUAGUGGAGAGCCUCUUAUAUCUGUAGAUGCAUGUUAUGCAAUUUAGAACUGUGAAAAAAUGGAUUCUAAAUUUCACAGUAAUGAUGCAUACCAGAGUAUAUUCAGAAUGAACAGGUGCUCCUUAACAACUGGAGGGAUUGAAAAACAGGACAGAGGCAGGCAGAGUUUGUGUUCUUGUGCCUACUCUCAUGUCAUGACUACACAUCUUAAUGUGUCUGAACAGGGCUUGUUUUUGUUCAUCUUUCCAAUACAUGUACAGUACAAUGGAAGGUGUAGAGCUGCAUCACUUGAAAUUCAUGCCAUAAUUAUUUUUAUGCAGACUAGACAUAUUUUUGUGUUGUAUUAUCUAAAAUUUCCAGAUACUAGAACCCAGUUCAUUUGUACUUAAACUUCAGGUUGAAAUGUUUGAAGAGAAAGCAAUGCUAAAUUUGUGCUCAGUUUGAAGUUAAUAUGUCUUUUGCCAAUUCACCACAUUAUUGGAAACUGGAUAAAAAGAAGAAAACAUCUUUGACCUAUUUUUGAUGAGUAAAUUUUAAGCCUCUUCUUAUGAAAACAUGAUGCAUGUUUAUACACUUUUUGAAUAAACCAAACUCUCUGUAAGUGGACAUUAACAAAAGCAUCUUGUCUCAUCAUUAGUUCUCAUGACUUCCUUCAGUUUCUCUACAGUAUUUUUAGUUCUCUGUUAGAAAUACUGUUCAUGUAUAAUAAUUGCAUUAAACAUUUUAUUUAAAGUUUACAUUGCCACAGUCACUUCAUACAGUCAUGUCAUUAUGACAAACAUCCAUUUAAACACAUCUUGCAUACAACCAGGCCAUGUUAUUUUAGAUUUUGCUUUGGGACUGACACUGCUAUUAAAUGAAGUACAUUUUUAGAACAAAACUAAAACAAAA